CGCGUCCUCGUCGGCUGCGUCCUCUUCCUGCUCAUCGUGUCCACGCUGCUCGGGAACACGCUGGUGUGCGCCGCGGUGGUCCGGUUCCGCCACCUGCGCUCCAAGGUCACCAACUUCUUCGUCAUCUCGCUGGCCGUGUCCGACCUGUUCGUGGCCGUGCUCGUGAUGCCCUGGGAGGCCAUCACCGAGGUGACCGGCACGUGGCUGUUCGGACGCUUCUGCGGGGUCUGGAUCGCCUUCGACAUCAUGUGCUCCACGGCCUCCAUCUUGAACCUGUGCAUAAUCAGCGUGGACCGCUACUGGGCCAUCGCCAGCCCCUUCAAGUACGAGCGGAAGAUGACUCACCGCGUGGCGUUUGUCAUGAUCGGGGUGGCGUGGUCGCUGUCCAUCCUGAUCUCUUUCAUCCCGGUGCAGCUCAACUGGCAUCAGGUCGGGGAGGAGGAAGGCGAGGCGGUGGAGGAAGUGGUGGAAAUGAUGGUGGCCGGUGGCAGGAAUUUCACAAACAGCAGCAACCUCAACGCCAGCGCCGGCGCCAAGAGCUGCGUCGCCAACCUGAACAAAACCUACGCCAUCUCCUCCUCCCUCAUCAGCUUCUACAUCCCAGUGGUGAUCAUGAUCGCCACCUACACCCGGAUCUACCGGAUCGCCCAGACUCAAAUACGCCGGAUCACGUCUUUGGAGAGGGCGGCGGAGCAGGCCCAGAACCAAGGCCACGGAGUGAACCGGAACCAGCAGCAGCAGCAGCAGCAGCAGCAGCAGCACAGGCCCAACGAGGAGGCCUCACUGAAGUCGUCGUUUAAGAAGGAAACCAAAGUCCUGAAGACUCUCUCCAUCAUCAUGGGGGUGUUUGUCUUCUGCUGGCUGCCGUUCUUCGUCCUCAACUGCACGGUGCCGUUCUGCGACCCGCCCUGCGUCAGCGACACCACCUUCUCCGUCUUCGUCUGGUUCGGCUGGGCCAACUCCUCCCUCAACCCGGUCAUCUACGCGUUCAACGCCGACUUCCGCCGGGCCUUCGCCACCAUUCUGGGUUGCAACCAGAUGUGCUCCAACAACGCGGUGGAGGCCGUGAACUUCAGCGACGAGCUCGCUUCUUACCACCACGACACGACGCUCCACAAGGAGACGCUGGUGCCCACGCAGCCGCAGCAACACCCGCGCGCCAUUAACGUCGGGUCCGACCACCUGGAGGACAUGAGCCCCCAGUUUGACGAGGAGUCGAUCAUCUCCAACGGUUCCCAGAGCCACGACGGACUGCCGCUGCUUCCAGCCACCGUCCAGCUCGAGGAUGAGCCGGAAAUCUCCUUGGAAACGAUCACGGCGUUCACGUCGGCGGCGGGGCUCGAGAGCGACGCUCUGCUACCAGGACAAGUCCACCAGGACGAAUAG